AUGAGCAGCUUCUCCUUCCAUCUUGCCGAUGCCAAUUACCGUCCAAGAACUCAGGCCAACAACGAGACAGACAGACUGGCAUUGCUCGAGUUCAGGUCCAUGAUCUCAAGCGAUCCCUUCGGGGUCCUGACCUCGUGGAACGAUUCUACUCACUUCUGUCAGUGGCACGGCGUGUCCUGUGAUUCCAACACAGGACACGACGGCAGAGCCAGAGUCACGGUUCUGGACCUGCGCCACCAGAAGCUGUUGGGCCCCAUCACGCCACACAUCGGUUCUUCUGAUGAUUCAAUGUUCAUUUUGACCUGUAUCGGUUCUUGCUCGCUUGUUAUCUGGAUUAGAAAGAGAAGGAAGCGAGGUUCGAGGAGUUUUGAUCAGAAUGGGAGUACAAUUGCUGUUAAGGUAUUCAACCUUGAUCGUCGUGGAGCUUCCAAGAGUUUCGUGGCAGAAUGUGAAGCAUUGAAGAACAUCAGACACAGAAAUCUGGUGAAGAUAUUGACGGUGUGUUCAGGGGUUGAUCGUCAGGGGAAUGACUUCAAGGCUCUCGUCUAUGAGCUUCUUCCUAAUGGGAGUAUGGAGGAAUGGUUGCACGAAGUGGAAAGUGUUGAUGAGCCUCCGAAGAGCUUGAGCUUUCGCCAACGAAUGGAUGUCGACAUUAACGUGGCUUCUGCACUGGAUUAUCUUCAUCAUCAAUGUGAAACGCCCAUUGUUCAUUGUGAUCUCAAACCCAACAACAUUCUUCUUGAUGAGGAUAAGGGAACAAUUGGCUAUGCUCCUCCAGAAUAUGGUAUGGGAAAUGAAGUAUCGACGCAAGGUGAUGUGUACAGUUUUGGGAUCAUCCUGCUCGAGAUGCUCACUGGAAGGAGGCCAACGGACGAAAAUUUCGAAGAAGGUUUAAACCUUCAAACCUUCGUUCAAAGUGCUCUAUCUCAUAUAUCGUUCCCGACAGAGGCUAUAGAUUCCAUUCUACUCAAUGAACUACUUCUUUGCCAGAUAUCGAAGGAGAUUGUGAUUGCGGUUCUCAAAAUAGGCGUUGCUUGCACUUCAGAAAGCCCGCAAGAGAGACCAAGUAUCAGUCAAGUUUUGGCAAGGCUAAAGAAACCACUUACUUGA